AUGACAUCAAUUAAACAAUUAGAAAGUGUCAUUUAUGAAAUCAAUAAAAUCAAUAAAUCAUUGUUGGAUGAUUUACUAGCAUUAAAAGAAGAUAAAAAACUUACAAAUAUACAAUUAAAUGCAGCGUUAACAUCAAAAGAAAAGUCUGAUUCCAAAUAUGAAAAAGCGAAAAAAGAUUUAGAUAUAUUUAAAAAAAGAUCUGAAGAUUUCGAAGCAAAAUUAAGUGAAAUUGAAAUUGAAUAUAAAAAUAAAGUUGAAGAGAAUAAUAAUAUAAAUCAAGAGAUUAAAGAAAUUAAAUUAAAGAAUGAAAAUAAUGAAAAUGAGAUUAAUAGGAUAAAUGAAGAGAAUGAGAAAUUACAAAUUAUAAUUGAAUCGAAUAAAAGUGUAUUAUUAAAUAUUGAAGAAAAAGAUAAGGAGAUUGAAAAACUUUUAAAUCAAAAUAAAGAGAUUAAAAUUAAAUUAGAUUUAUUAGAGAAUGAUAAAUCUAAAUUUGAUAAUAUCAAAUCGAUUGAAUCAAAGAAAAGAAUUGAAGCCGAACAAUAUAGUAUAGGAUUAGAGAGAAGAGCAUCGGAAUUAGAAGAGAAACUGAACCAAUAUGAACAACAAUUGACAUCAUUGAAGCAAAUUGAAAAACAAUAUAAACAAUUGCUUGAACAAAAUCAACAAUCAAAUCAACAACAACAAACUUCUCUUUCAAAAUUGGAACAAGAACUUCAAGACUAUAAACAAAUGUUUGAAAAUGAACAACAAUCUAGAGAGAAAAUUGAAUUGGAAGCUAUCGAUAUAAAAUCUCAUCAAUCAAGGGUAAAAGAACAAUUGAAUCAAGAGAAACAAGAACAAUUGGAAUUAAAGAAUCAAUACCAACAAGAGAAAUUAAUUUUAAAACAAACUAUCGAUUCAAUUCAAAAUGAUUAUCAUAAUGAAAAACAAAAAAGAGAACAAUUACAAUUAGAUUUAAAUAAAAAAUUACAAUUGCAAUUACAAGAUCAAUUAACUAUUAAACAACUUUCUGAACAAAUUGAAAAAAAUCAAUUUCAAACUUUAUAUCAAUCUUUAUUAUUAUUAAAUAAUUCAACAAUUCAACAACAACAACAACAGCAACAACAACAACAACAACAACAACAACAACAACAACAACAACAACAAAUUAAUAACAAUAAUAAUAAUGAGGAUAAUAGUGAUAUUAGUAGUUCAAAUUCUUCAAUUAAUAAUACGCCACCAACUAAUGAACAUACAAAUAUUGAAAAUAAUCAAAAUAAUAACAUUUUAUUGGAAUAUGAAAAUAAAUUAAAAGAUUAUGUUGAAGAUAUAAUAUUAAAAUCUCAAAAAAAUAAUGAAAUUUUAGAGAAAAUUGAACAAGAGAAAAAGAAAUUACAAUUUGAAAAACAACAAUUUGAAAAAGAAAAAUUAAAUAAUGGUGUAAAUGGUAUUGUUGUUAUUGACAAUCACAGCAACGUCAGCAGUAGUAGCAGCAGCAGUAGUAGCAGUAAUAAACAAAAUGAAGAGUUCAAUUUGGUUAAAUCUGCUUUAGAUGCAAAGAUUGAUGAUUUAUUAAAACAAUUGGAAGUUGAAAGAAAGAAUAGAUUAAAAUUAGAAGAACAAUUACAACAUAAUCACCAAUCUUCUAUGAGUAAUUAUGGUUUAUCACCUGCAAAAUUCUCUUCAUUCUUUAAAUCAAAUAAACAUGAACAAGCAGCAGCAACAACAAAUAAUAAUAAUAAUAAUAAUAAUAAUAAUAAUAAUAAUAAUAAUAAUAAUAAUAAUAAUAAUAAUAAUAAUAAUAAUAAUAAUAAUAAUAAUAAUAAUAAUAACAAUAAUAAUUCAAAUGGUUCAUCACCACCUUCCUCAAUAAGUUUACAAUCACCAACACCAGAAAGUAAUGAUACACAGUCAAAUGUUUUAUCAAAUCCAAUUUCAAUUUCAGAUAAUAGUAAUAUUACUACCACAACUGAAAAUAAUCAACCAAUCAUUUCUGAUACUCAAAGAAAAGAUAAAUUAUUCCAACUUUAUCAAUCAUUAUUAGUUGAAUGUAAUACUUUAUUAUAUUCAAAACAAGAUCAAGUGGCUGAUUUGGAAAAAGGUGGAUUUAUUAAAAAGUUUCAAGUUAGUACAAUUAAAUCAUCAAUAACAAGAAUUGAGCCUAUUCAAAAUAAAAUUAAAAAAGAAUUAAAAAUUAUUGAUGCAUCUACUUCAAUAACUAUUUCAGAAGAAAAUGAUAAAAAAGCGUUAUAUAAAAUAUUAAAGCAAGAUUUAGAUGAUGAAAUUUAA